AAAAUUUUUAACAUCAUAAAAAAAUGUUUGCUUUCCAUCAUUUAAUUUGUAAUUAUGUAAUGAGUUUAAGAAUUAAGAUUUGAAAUAGCUGGGAGGAUAAAGGGAAUAAUUUCUGAUAGCUAAUUAUUAAGUAGAAUUCACACUCUGGAACCCCAUUUUUAAAAUGGGUGAAAUGGGACAGAGUCAAAACUAACUGCUGCUCAGCAUCUAUUUUCAGCUUAUUUCUGCAAAGGACCGAACACUAUCUACAUUCUUUCAACGUACAUAAGUAUAUCGGGAGGGAUUUACAGCAUCCAUUCAGAAUCGAUUCUUAGAGGUGGGUAAGAGUUAAAUGACUUUUGCUGGGGAUAAUGUAAUGUACUCGGAGGCUCAGCCUGAGUCAUGCACACUGAAACACGAGUGCUGUCACACCCUUUCCCUGAAGAGGACCCGGGCAAGUUUCCUGCCGGCAGAGCACAGGAGAGGACAGUCCUGCUUCCACUGGCUGCUAACACACAAAACUGAGGUGAAACCGUGCUCCCUAAUUUUACACAUUUGAAACCGUUUGGGAAACAGGACUCAGGAUGAAAGCGGUCAUCUUUGCAGCUGCUGCAGUAAUGCUUCAGUCGCCUACUUUUUGCCAAAGCGGCAUGGAAAAUGAUGCAGACAACUUGGCAGAGCCAACGUUACCUAUUAAGACCUUUCGUGGAGCUCCCCCAGAUUCUUUUGAAGAGUUCCCCCUUUCUGCCAUAGAAGAUUGGACAAGAACCACAACUGUAAAAAUCAAGUGCCCUGAAGAAAGUGUUUCAAAUCUCUAUGUGAAUAAUGCUACCAUUGGGUAUCUGAGGAGCUCCCUAAGUACCAAACUGAUACCCAUCAUCUACAUCCUGGUGUUUGUAGUAGGUGUGCCAGCCAAUGCGGUGACCCUGUGGAUGCUCUUCUUCAGGACCAAAUCCAUCUGUACUACUAUCUUCUAUAUCAACCUGGCCACUGCAGACUUUCUUUUUUGUGCCACAUUGCCCUUUAAAAUAGCUUACCAUCUCAAUGGGAACAACUGGGUAUUUGGAGAGCUCAUGUGCCGGGCCACCACAGUCAUCUUUUACGGCAACAUGUACUGCUCCAUUCUGCUUCUUGCCUGCAUCAGCAUCAGCCGCUACCUAGCCAUUGUCCAUCCUUUCACUUACCGGGGCCUGCCCAGGCGCACCUAUGCCUUGAUAACUUGUGGACUGGUGUGGGCCACAGUUUUCUUAUACAUGUUGCCCUUUUUCAUCCUGAAGCAGGAGUAUUAUCUUGUCCAGCAGGACAUUACCACCUGCCACGAUGUCCAUAAUACAUGUGAGUCUUCAUCUCCUUUCCAGCUCUACUACUUCAUUUCCUUGGCAUUCUUUGGAUUCUUAAUUCCAUUUGCAGUCAUUAUCUACUGCUACACGGCUAUCAUUCGGACACUUAAUGCAUACGAUCAUAGAUGGCUAUGGUAUGUUAAGGCGAGUCUUCUCAUUCUUGUGAUUUUUACCAUUUGCUUUGCUCCCAGCAAUAUUAUACUUAUUAUUCACCACACCAACUACUACUACAACACCGAUGGCUUAUACUUUAUCUAUCUCAUAGCUUUGUGCCUUGGUAGUCUGAAUAGUUGCCUAGAUCCAUUCCUUUAUUUUCUCAUGUCGAAAAUUAUAAAUCACUCCACUACUUAUCUUACAAUAGUGAAAUCAUCUUAGAGAACAAGGAAAGCUAUUUGCUUUACAUAUCAUGUGGCUGAAUGAAUGGAAGAAUAAAAUUCUAAAGCACCUUAACAGCAAUGGAAAUCCACUGAAUUCAUACUGAGAAAGGUAUGCUGUAUGACAUGGGACAACACUUUUGGUUGGGCAUGUGAAAAAGAAAAAACAAGGACGCUAAGCUAAGAGUAUUCUCAUAAAAUCAUUUAGAAGUUUAAAAUAAUGUCUCUGUUAUUUUUGUUCCUCAAACAUAGUUUUUAAUGGGGAAAUGAUAUUUUGUUAUAAAUACUCAUUAUCUCCCUAUAGGUAAAUGAGUAUAUUUCCCCUAGCUUAAGGAUUAGUCAGGAGGUGGGAUAUUAUGGGUUAAGAGGAUGAAGGAUUGCUGAAAUGAAUUUUCAAUCUGUAGGAAUGUGCAUAGACUACAUACUCUGUAGUAAACAUCAAAACAAUAAAAAGUUUUAUUUA